CAUACGCAACACACUUUAGUUUUCAAAGGAGCUAAUAGAAACAAGUACUAAUUUCCUAACAUUCUUUUUUUUCUUGAAACCAAGAAUAAUAUUUAGGGAUCUGUUCACCAUACAGAUUUAUGAAUUGUCGUUGGUAACUAUGACAUCUGCGGUGGACAAAUCAUCUACAUGUAAAGAGAAUCAACAAAUUCGGUACUACAAUACAAUAUACUGAUCAGAUUUUAUGAUAUCAGCUUCGUACUCGGAACGUCAUAUCAUAUGUACCUUUAUUUAGUAAGCAUUUUGUAUAGCCAGGAAUAAGGCAUAGUUUUCAAGGUUGAACUGUAACAUGGUAUUUAUGAGUUGGACAUUAACAAUGAACAUCUCGGCAGGAGAAAAACUAGCAAAUAUACUAGAAAGUCAUGGAUUGAGGAAAGUGAAUAUACCUGGUGAUGGACAUUGCCUUUUUAAAUCUCUGAGCCAUCAACUGUACAACAGCCAAUUCGAGCAUGAUAUUGUCAGGGAGAGAGUAAAGAUAGUUUAAAUUUAGAGUUAGCUGAAAUUCCAUAUAGAUCUUAAGAUGGUUAUCUCUCAACAGUGAAGUAGAAGAAGUGCGUAUACUAGUAGAUAGUCAGAACUACAUUUCAGUUGAUGACCAUGUCCACCAACUGAGUUUAGAUAGGUCUAUCUGGGGUGACCAUCUUGAUGUCAAGGGUUGCGCGUCUGCUUAUGACUGCAAUAUUAAUGUUUUCACUCCUUAUGGGAAAGAAAUCGUUUCACCGCUUAAUUGUCCAACAAACAACGAUCUGAACAUCGUAUUUGAUGGCCGUAGUCAUUUUGAUUCAACCACAAAGUACGAAGGAGCGACAAAUAUGUUAAACACUAGUGAAGCUACAGAUGAAAUUCCACAUUACCUCCAUUUAAAUAAAGACAACUUCUUGUCUCUUACAAAUCAACGAGACUUCCUCUUAAAUCAUAUCCAAGAUGCGAGAACCAAACUAUCAAGUUCAAGGAAUAACAACGAGGUAUUAUCAGAAAAAUUAUUGGACUCUUUGAAUGGGAGCUACCAUCAGCUGAAAUUAGUCUAUGAUAAUCUUUUAGACAUCGUUCCAUUACCUAAUGAUAUAACCACGACUCAAGCAUCUCUGGAAUAUUCUGCCCUAGUUGUUCAAUCCGAGCAAUUACCUCUCGAUACACAUAGCUGUCAUAACCAAAGCCAGGUCGUCGAACAAGGUCAACCUGGCUCUUUACAUGAAAGAACGGGAUCGGGAGUACCCUUCACUCCGGAAGGUCCAAGGCAGAACCUUGUUUCUUAUGUAUCAUUAUCAGAACUUUCUGCAUUACAGGCUAUCAAAGUUAUUUCAAAAUAUAAUUCGACCUUCGCUGCUAAACUUAACAAAGAAGAAGUUAGAAAGCUCUCACUUUACAAGGAACGCGGUAAAAGCCUCGUCAGAAGUUGGCAGUCUCUCGUACAACGCAUUUCUGUCGAAAGUAAAAAUAAAAAUAGCUGCAUAUUUGCUACCACCACUAAUUUAGGUGCUUCAAGUAAUCCAACAUCUAUUUCAAUCGAUGUUACAAAGGUUAGAUCUCCAGAAAAUACUAUAAUCAGAGAAAGGUAUUCUGAAGAGCUGGAAGACCAGGAGGAAGUAUCCAUUAUGUUGCAAGAUUCUGCCGUUUCCAGCGCUCCUAAUAGCUUGCCUAUGCUAGAAGCAUCUCCCUGUAGCGGAUCCGAAGCAGCUGGCCCUAUGGAAACGGAAGAAACGUCUUCAUCACCUCAAAGUUUGAUGAAUAGUUUGUCUACUUGUUCGUCAAUAGAUGUACUUGAAGCUCAACCAGUAAUACAAACAAGAAGAAGCGAACGGGUUAAGUUACUACCAAAGAGGAAAUACACAGAUUGGUACUACAUCGAAGGGGAUGAAGUUUACGAUAGGACUAGAGGUAGAUCAUCGAGGCGUACACUCUAGACCUUAAAUGCACAGCUUAUUACCAAUGCAUACACAUCCUAGGUCGACUCCUAACUAGAUGUGGUAUACCCAAAGCACAUAGUUAGUUUCACGCUUGACGAGAACAACACAAUCUCAGUUGAAGUAAUUGCUCUCAUAUCUAUAGGGUUUCUGGAAAACUCCUUAUUAUUAACUUCUGAUAGGAAAAAAGCAGAUUCUGAAAGUUCAAAUCCCAUUGUCUCAUUUUAUUAAGAUGCUGAAAGCAUUAUAACCAUAUAUUUU